CCAACCAAAAAAAAACCCUAACCCUAAAUGUGCUCCAUGGCCAUCUCUAAGCUUGCACUAUGCUUGGCAUGCAUCAUGGUACGUCUAGCCAUGACAAAACAAACCCUAGCACAAAACUCAGCUCAAGACUUCAUCAAUCCUCACAAUUCAGCUCGUAGCGCAGUCGGUGUCGGUCAGGUGACAUGGGAUGCCACCGUCGCAGCCUAUGCUCAGAACUACGCCAACCAAAGGAUUGGUGACUGUCAGUUGGUCCACUCCGGCGGCCCUUACGGUGAGAAUAUCUUCUGGGGCUCCGGAGCUGAGUUCACGGCGGCAGACGCUGUGAACUCUUGGGUGUCGGAGAAACAGUACUAUGAUUAUGCUAGCAACACUUGCGCUGCCGGAAAACAGUGUGGGCAUUAUACUCAGGUAGUGUGGAGGAGUUCGACGAGCAUCGGUUGUGCUCGUGUGAAGUGCAACAGUGGUGCCAUCUUCAUCAUUUGCAACUAUAAGCCGGCCGGAAAUAUCGUUGGCCAGUGGCCUUAUUGAAGGAUUAGGGUUUCAAAGAAACAUGCUGCAUGAAUUAAUUAUAUAAGUGAUACCAAGAAUGAGGCAUGCAUAUGUAAGGGCUUUGAUUAUGAUAAAUAAA